AUGGCUCCUUUUGAGGCUUUAUAUGGGAGGAACUGUAGGACUCCUCUAUGUUGGACUGAGCUUGACAAGGAUAAUAUUAUUGGUCUAGAAAAGAUUCAAAAAACAAAAGAAAGGGUCGAGGUUAUUAAAGAUAGAUUGAAAGAUGCUUUUGAUCGUCAGAAAUAUUAUGCAAACCUGAAGAGGAGAGACAUUGAGUAUGCAGUGGGUGAUAAGGUGUUUCUUAAGGUAUCUCCGUGGAAGAAAGCAUUAAGAUUUGGUAGGAAUGGUAAGCUUAGUCUUAGGUUUAUUGGUUUAUAUGAGAUUAUAGAGCAUGUGGGUCCAUUAGCCCUUAAACUAGCUUUACCACUGGACUUGGAUAUGAUUCAUAACAUCUUACACGUGUCUAUGCUGAGGAGGUAUUGGUCCGACCCUUCACAUGUGAUAUCUGCAGAAUCAAUUAGCAUUGAGCCUGAUUUGACAUAUGAGGGAAAACCCAUAAGGAUUAUAGCUAAAGAGGUCAAGGAUUUUAGGUAUAAGAGAAUGUCUCUAGUGAAAGUCUCAUGGAGGAACCAUAAGAUUGAGAAAGCCACUUGGGAGAGUGAGGACAUUAUGAGGCAACAACAUCCUCAGUUAUUUACCUCAGAUAAAUUUUAA